AACAUUAUAUCAAACGAAGCUGUUUUCCUAAGACCUUAGUCGUCAUUAUUCUACAAAUCAUUCUCUUAACGUUGAAGGAGAGAAAAAGAAACUAAAAGAAAAGAAAAUUGAAAGUGCAGUGUUGUUUGGCGUUUAAUCGGGAGAGAGCUGCAGCAACAGCAAGCAUGGAAGCAGUUGAAUUUCGACGCCUUCUUGAUCUAUUCCCCAUCGUCCGAUCUCGCGAUUACCAUGUGGAAUCAGAUGCAUCAAGAGAGUCAACCUCUAAGUCAACGCAGAAUGAGGUGAUAAAGGAAUGGCAAGAUGCAUGGGAAGAGGAGGGUAAAAGGGAAACUGAGAAUCAAGGAAAUAGCAAAGAUGAUGCAUUUUGGGUGAAGCUAAAGUUGGUUGCUGAGAGGAAGGUGGGGGCAGCAGAAGCAGAGAGAUUUUGCAAGUCAUUUCAAAGAAUUCAUAAAAAACUUGUGCAUGAAGAACUGAGUUUAGAUGCUGCUCGGAGCUUUAUAAACUCGUCAAAAAGCUCUGAAGAAUAGUUUCAUGCAGGUUUUGCAUGAUUUCUUCGUUUUCUUGUCUCUUAAGAAGUGCACGAGUGACUUGGUUUGGAAGAGACAUUGUAAUCUUUUAGUGUUUGGAUUAAUUAAGUAUUGUGUAACAUUGAAUUAUGAAAUUACAGUUUGACAAUUCAAACUAUAAGUGGUGUCGUGUAAAUAAUUUUGGAUGUAGGC